UGCUUUGAAAGUUUGUGCAGAUGGAGGAGGCAAUCCCCACCAAGCGUGCGUCGGCGGACGCAAUCGGCAUCGCCACCACCGCCUGCCCUCGCCUCUCCCUGGUGACACGCACGCUCCUUGGAGACGCAACGCUGAUGCGGGGGCGAAAAGGUGGUGCGGACACGGACGGGACACGUGGCCUUACUCGACGGCGAGCUGGUUGUUCUUCUUCUGCUGCGCCGAGCCCGCCGAGUGGCGAAGCGGAUGAGAGCAGAUCCAGAUCUCCGCCUGCCCACAAACGUGGGGACGCAGACCAAGAUAGCCGUCGUCGAUGGCUCUCCGGGCGUUCGCGGCGGCGAGAAGGGUGGGGAGCAAACGAUGGUGUAGGGAUUUGGGGGUUUUGGCGUGGCGAGGGACGCAGAGGUGGCUGUUACGGCGGGGGAGGCACGAGAGCGAGGGAAGCGCAGAAGCAUGAUGUGUCCUCGACGCGCUCGGCACGGAGGAGCCAGGCUUGGUCGUCAGCGUCGGUCUUGAGCAGACCUGGCACCACCACUGUCGCUUUGCCUGGGGGCCGAAGCCGUGUAGGAGCACCAGGACGCUAGGACCUUGGAGAGCGGGGAUGGGAUGGGAUGGGAGCGCGGGGUCGACGCAGGAUGCAGGGAUUGCGGGCGCGCCUUCCUUGGAGCUUGGGCUAGCAUCGCGGUGGAGUGGACGCGAGGGGACGGGGUACGCCAUGAUGUUGGCUCGAGGCGGAUCGGGAGCGAGGCUGGCGAGGAUUGUGGGCGCGCGCGAUGAUGUCGGGUCGAGGCAGAUCAGGACACACGCUAGGAGUCGCGGGCGGGGGCGGGAUCAGGGUAGGAAGACGACGCGAGCGGGGGCGGGAUUACAGGAAGGAAGAUGGCGUGGCGCGAGGCUGGAGCGGGGGCACGGUGAGGCUGGUGGACGCCCUCGCUCCAGCCUUAAGAUGGCUGGGUAUAUGUCAAGAGGGCCCCAAAAUGGUUCUGUGUAUGUCUGCAAUCUACCUCCUGGAACUGACGAGAAUAUGUUGGCUGAAUAUUUUGGCACCAUAGGGUUGCUAAAGAAGGACAAAAGGAAUGGGCGCCCAAAAAUUUGGAUCUAUAGGGACAAAGUUUCCAAUGAACCAAAGGGUGAUGCUACAGUCACUUAUGAGGAUCCACAUGCUGCUUCAGCUGCUGUGGAAUGGUUCAAUAACAAGGAUUUCCACGGGAGCACUAUUCAGGUUCACAUAGCUGAGUCAAAAAGCAAAGAUGCUUUCGAUAACCCCACAAAUUUGAACACCAUUGCUGGUGUCAGUGAACAAGAUGAAGUGGAUAACGGAGCAGGCAGAGGUAGAGGGCGUGGUGAUGGUCCCGGCAAGGCUUGGCAGCAAGAUGGGGACUGGAUGUGUCCAAAUACAAGUUGUGGCAAUGUAAAUUUUGCCUUCCGUGGUGUUUGUAAUCGCUGUGGAGCUGCACGCCCUGCCGGUGCUGGUGGAACUGGUGGUGGAGGUGGCGGUAGGGGUAGAGGCCGUGGUAACUCUGAUGCAAGAGGAAGCAGUCGUGCGGGUGCUGGUGCUGCUACUGGUGGUGGUCCACCUGGAUUAUUUGGCCCAAAUGAUUGGCCAUGUCCAAUGUGCGGCAACAUCAACUGGGCUAAGCGUACCAAAUGUAAUAUAUGUAACACCUCCAAGCCUGGUACCAAUGAAGGUGGUGUGAGGGGUGGCCGUGGUGGUGGGUACAAAGAGCUCGAUGAAGAAGAACUAGAGGAAGUUAAAAAACGCCGGAAAGAGGCUGAGGAGGAUGAUGGAGAGAUCUAUGAUGAAUUUGGCAACCUGAAAAAGAAAUUUCGCUCUAAAGCUCUGCAUACUGGAAGUGCGCAGACACUUCCUGGGUCUGGACGUGCUGGAUGGGAAGUUGAGCAUCGUGGUUCUAGUGAAAGGGAAGGCAGGGAGAGGAGCAGGGAUCGUGGUAGGGACGACUAUGAUGAAAAGGAAACCAGGAGCAUAGAUAGAGGUGAUCAUGGAAGGGACCAGCGCCGGAGCCAAGACCGCGAAAGGGAAAAGGGGAGGGAGAGAAGAGACCAUGAGUAUGAGAGAAGUAGGGAGCGUGACCGGCGCCACAGGUGAAGAGAGAAAUGACAGGGCUUUCUGUUCUUACAUCGCAUUUGCCACUUUUUGUAGCCAUGGAACCCGUGGUCUUGUGUUAGUAUCUGGGGGCGUGCAUUGAUUCUCAGAAUCUGAUUUUUGCUUUGAAUGUUUCGCUGCAUUGGCACUUUAUUCAGAUAUGCCGUUCCUUCUGUUACUACUUUUAUGUUUGUGAAACACGUAUGACACUCGUGGAUCCAAUGUCAUGCCCAUCACGAGCUUGAAGA